AUGGGCCUCCUCCCCAGCCUGAACCUCUUCGGCGCGCCCAGCGAAGCCGACAAGCGGGCGACCGAGGUGCGCAGCGGUGCCGUGGCGCCGAGCCGCGCCGAGCGCGCCCGCUGCUGGGAGGCCCGCGACGCCUACUUUGCCUGCCUCGACGCCAGCGGCAUCGUCGACGCCGUCAAGGACGACAAGAAGGCCGCCGCCGCGUGCGGGGCUGAGAGCGGCCGCUUCGAGAAGGACUGCGCCGCGCAAUGGGUCACAUACUUCAAAAAGUGGCGGGUACAGGAUAUCCAGAAAAAGGCGAGGUUGAAGGAGCUCGAGGCGCAAGGGGCGAUCAUAUGGGACGCCCUGCGGCUCGGCGUUGGCUUAGGUCGGGUAUAG